UCAUAUAUUGAUAAAGUAAUACAUGGUGUAUAUUACAUUUGUACCUUCGGCUUGCUCGAGGAUGAAAAUGAGAGUACAAUCUAAAUUCAGGAUGAACAGUUAAUAAGUAUUGUUUAUCUAUUUAUAGGCAAGGGACGCAGUCCAAACAAAAGUAUAUUUAUAACCCUAGCAUUGUAUAUAUUAUGCUAAUACAAACAUCAUAGAUUAACAUCAUAGAUUAUGCUAAUACAAACAUCAUAGACGAAGCUGUAAUUCUUCAGCGUUUCACAUGUGGUUGCUGCAGCUUCGACACGUAUGCUAAUUGCUUAUAGACGAUUUCUUCGUCUUAAGAGCAUCUCCAAGAGAUCCUUAAAAUCAUAAUCCUAAAUCUUAUUUUAGGGGAAAAAGGUGGAAAAUGUUUCCAACAGUGACCUAUACAGCAACCCUAAAACACCGCACGCGAAAACAAUCCCCUCCACGGCGUAAAGAUCCGCCGCUGCCCGAGCUCCCAAUCGAGGGCUUGUUUCUGUUUCCCGCGUAGUUUCCACACUUUCGCACUAGACCGGUGACCAGCGUUCAAUCGAUUUCGCGCGCGAAAAGUGCUUAGCUAGCGGUAGCCCUCUCCGCAACCGAUGGAUCCAGGGAGUGACGAACUGGCGAUUCACUGACAUCACCUUCAGCUGCGAUUCACUGACAACAAUCACCUAACGCAGGGAAUGAAGCCAACUGCGAUGGUCAUCCCCUGAUGCCGGUAUUCAGGCAAACGACUGCAUACACGUGAGCAACGACGGAGGCUGUUGGGCGAGGCACCUUUGGUCGCGCGAGGAGGAUUCACGUGAGCGAUGGCCUCGUAGAUACAGUUGUGGUGGGCUCUAUUCAUUUUGUUUUUGAAAAUAUAUUGGGAGUUGUUGGAGAUGCUUCACUUUUUUUGUAUUAAAAGAUUUAAGGAGAUCCUAAUUCUCUGGUAUUGGGAGAUUUAAUUUUGGGAUCUCUUGGAGAUGCUCUAAGAGAAGGAGACCCCAACAACCCGAAGUUGAGGCCGUUUCAAACGGCACAGACUCACUCGGCCACCCCCUGGAUCCCGCCACCUAAAUUUAGACAAAGAAACGACAAACCCCGAGAUCUAAGGAAGGAAAAGCAGCGGAGGCCAGAAUUCCUACUAACGCAUCACACCUCCGAUCAGCUCCCCCUUUGCCAGCAUGUGGAUCCGACCCGGACAGCCAAACCCAUACGACGUGCACCACCGCGGCCGUUCUCACCAAGCCGCCAUCGACUUGCUGACGACGACGACGUUCGUCAGGCGGUGCGCGCUCAGACCACCAUGGCCAGCGUCGGCGACGACGCGCCGCUGCUCGGCGGCGGCGGGAAGGCGGCCGUGUGGCGCGAGCGCUGCCCCGGGUGCAGGCAGCAGAGGAGGGUGCAGGCCAGUGACGGGAUCCCUUACGCGGACUUCCUCUACGUCUGGAUCGCCUGCCUCUGCGCCUCUCUGCCGGUCCAGUCAUUGUUUCCUUAUGUAUACUUCAUGAUCAGGGACUUGAAGGUGGCAAAAGAAGAGCAAGACAUUGGAUUCUAUGCUGGUUUUGUUGGGGCUACCUAUUUCCUCGGAAGAACCAUCAGUGCCGUGCCAUGGGGCAUGUUUGCCGACAAGUAUGGAAGGAAGCCAUGCAUCGUGAUCAGCAUCCUCUCAGUGAUUGUGUUCAACACACUUUUUGGACUUAGCACAACUUACUGGAUGGCAAUUGUAACUAGAGGACUACUUGGGUUGCUAUGUGGCAUACUAGGACCCAUCAAGGCUUAUGCUUCAGAAGUCUGCAGGAAAGAACACCAAGCCCUGGGAAUAUCUCUUGUUACAUCUUCACGAGCGAUAGCUCUUGUUAUUGGGCCAGCUCUUGGCGGCUUUCUUGCACAGCCUGCACAAAAGUACCCAAAUCUUUUCUCCGAAGAGUCCAUAUUUGGGAGGUUUCCAUACUUUCUUCCUUGUUUCAUAAUAUCAUUGCUAGCAGCAGGAUCAUGUAUCGCAUGCAUUUGGCUUCCGGAAACGCUACACUUUCAUGAUGAUGACAAAGUAGAAGUUUUUGAAGAACUGGAGGCACAAGUUGGUGGCUCCGAAUCUACAACAAAUCUGCUAAAGAAUUGGCAACUGAUGUCAGCAAUGAUCCUCUACUGUAUCUUUUCUCUGCAUGACACAGCUUAUAUGGAGAUAUUUUCACUCUGGGCUGUGAGCAGUACAAAAUUCCGGGGCCUUAGCCUCACAUCCCAGGAUGUCGGUACUGUGCUAUCCUUCUCAGGUUUUGGAGUACUCGUAUACCAACUUGCUAUUUAUCCUUCCCUUGCAAAGUAUUUCGGACCAAUCAAGACAUUUCGGCCUGCGGCGAUCCUGUCGAUCAUUCUCCUCGCUACGUAUCCCUUCAUGGCCAAUCUACAUGGCCUGGAGCUCAAAAUACUUAUCAACAUGGCAUCAGUUUUGAAGAACAUGUUUGCUGCUACUAUUACUACCACGUGCAACAUUCUACAGAACACUGCAGUGACACAAGAGCAGAGAGGUGUUGCAAAUGGCAUCUCUGUUACUCUAAUGUCAAUGUUCAAAGCUGUAGCUCCAGCAGCAGCAGGAAUUCUGUUCUCAUGGGCUCAGAAGCACAUAAGCGGACUGUUCUUACCAGGAGAUCAGAUCUUGUUUCUAUUGCUAAACAUGGUGUCGGUGAUUGGUCUGGUGCUGACGUUCAAGCCAUUUUUCUCCCUACCAAAUUCAAUGAGGCAUUCAUAAUUUGUAUAUAUGAAGUUUCUUCUUAAUAUAAUGAUGCGCAAUCUCCUAUAGGUUCGAGAGAGAAAAAAAUAUAUAUCAGGGACACUGUUUGGGUUUUGAACGGCAAGAGUUCAUGUAUUGUGUUGGUCCAUACUUUUCGCCUUAUGAUGAAUUAAGUCGUUAUAUAUAAAGGGUUCUCUGAGUUUAUGCUUCAA